CACACGAUGUGGGGCUCGUGUUACACAAUUAUCUACAAAAAGACGCUGUGCUGAUUUCUGAAUGUUUAUAAUUCUACUUCCGGCGAUGAGAAGUGACGUUGCUACGCAGCGGGUUGUUUGGUUGCUAUGGUUACCAGUUCAGCCGUGCAGUUUCCACGUGAAUAAGUGACCGGUAACAGAGUUUAUGUAAAGCGUUGUGUCUGUGGUGACAGAAUGGCUCCUAAACGUGUAAAGAGUGAUCGGGAUGGUAAUAAACAGUGGGAAGCAGCUCUGAGCUGUGCGGUGCUGCAGGAGGAGUGUUGGCAUGUGUGUGUGUCUCUGGUGGUGUGUGACAGUGUGUAUGAUGAGGUGUGUAUGAGAGCACUGUGUCAUGCCGUACAGCAGCCCCUCCGCCGCCUCUUCACCCUGCUGUCCUGGGAGAACCUGCUGCAGAAGAACUCAGAACUCAGAUUCAUCAGUAGCAUCUAAUGUGUCUCAGAUUAAUGAUCUUGGGAACCCAAAGAUGAGGAAGACCCAGGAGCUCCCUGCAUUUUAUGAGGUGACAGAGGUGGCGAGGUCAGUGUUGGACUCAGGAGAUGAGCUUUCUGUUGAUUUAUUGGCAAAAUUAGUGAAAUUUCAACUGCUGGACAUCAAGAACACUGAUAUACAGAGAAGAGCUGCUGUACAGAGAGCAGCAGAUUCAGUGUCUCAGGUUAAAGAGAAAAGUGCUAAAGGCUCAGCUAAAGGAGAAAAAGGUAAAAAUGCAGCAGAAGUUUCACCUCCUCAAAAAGACACCAAGCUGAAACGUAGAGGAGACGAAGACACCAGCAGCUACAUCGAUGAUGAACCAGAUGAUGGCCCACAACACUAUGUCCUCAUGACGGGUUUCCAUCAGCCGAGUCUGAUCUCUGCAUUAGACUCUGUUGGUGUUCAUGUCUCCAACGUCAUCAGACUGAAAUCAGACAGAAGUCAGAGCUCACUCCUGCCUCUGGGAGCAGAAAGCCCCGACAUGUCAGAGGAACAAGAAUUCCCCACUGGUGUGUUGGAUCUUCAGCAGGAGCUCAGCGUGUUCUGGGAUCAACUGGGUGGAGUUUUGAACAGCGCUGGGUUCCAGUCCCGAAUGUCCGACAUCGCUCAGCUGGACUACAGAGUGGACCAGAACCUGCUGAGCCGAGAUUUAAACAAAGCUGAGGAAAUGCAGGAAGUGGGCGUGGCUGUGUAUGAGGGUGUGGCCUGUUUGCUGUAUGACAGUUUGGACUGGAGGAGGCAGUAUGAACACUACCUGAGCAGAAUGAGACUGAUCCAUAUCCCAAACAUCCACACGCCUGAACACAGCAUUCAACCUGAUACACCUGCUGAGGCUCUAACUGUGAUGAAGAGAGCAGAGAGAUCAGACUUCCAGGGUGUGGAUGUGGAUCUGAGGCUGUACUCUGAUCUUCUGGACAAAAUCCCCCUGCCGUGUGUGUCGGUUCCUCUCGUCCUGCACUGUCUGAUAGAGCAGGUGGUUUCAUCACAACAGGAAGAGUGCGGUGGCUCGGCAGAGUCAGACUCGAGAUCAGACCUGGAGUGUGAUUUAAUCAGCUACAUGAUGCAGUCUGUGAGCGCUCUACCUCCAGGCCAGCAGGAGAACAGAGUCAGUGUCUCAGUAAAGGGCCUGAUGGAGUAUUUUGGGCUUAAGGAGAAAGAUCAAAGUGAAAGUACAGAGAGAAAACUCACCCUGCUGUAUCAUCACAAUGAGAUAUCAAAGAGACUCCACAAUAUACCUGUGUUAGACAGUUUGGAUGCAGUGAGUGUUGAGGUGUGUAUGGUGAAGAAGAGUUCUGUACUUAACACUCUAAUGUCUAACCAUCUUAAAACCAGCAGCCUUAAUAAAGCCAGGAGACAUGAACUACUGCACUACUGUUCCAUUGACUCUCUGAGCUCUGGUGAUGUUCAGAGGCUCCUCCAGCUGUGUGUGUUUGAGAGCAUGCCCCUGACAGCAGUAGAUGAGAGUGGACGUCACACACACACAGGGUUACACACACCGUUACCAUGGGACGACCCCGUGACCUUCACACACACACUUUACCGCGGCCUCGACUCCACUCACGAAAGUGGAGCUGUGUGUGACAAGCAGCAGAAAAAUACAUUUAGAGUAGAAGACUUACAGAAGACGCUGAUUCGACACUUCAGACACUGGAACUUCACCGAACACCACAAUGCUGACGUCUUACCUCAGGUCAUGCAGACAGUGUCUGAGUCAUACAGAUGUGUGGAUUCAUUUCAUAGCACUCAGUCCAACGUCACCUACAUCAUCUGCCACAAUCCCAUGAGUUCUGAGAGGAGCAGCAGAGAAUCAUGGGACGUGUUUCUGCACACUGAUGUGAGGUUCAGGAGCUACCUGGAGAACGUAGCAGAGUCCAUCAGAGACUGGAGCAGAGCAGAAGAGGAGAGACAACAACAACAACAACAACAACAACAACAACAAGAGACAGAGGCAGUGGAUACAACAAUGAAAGGAGUGUCAGUGGUGUCUCCGUUGCAGUCGGAGGUGUUUAUACGACAUGACUCUCUGAAAGCAUGGAAGCUGGAGCAGGACAGACAGAAGGAUGAAGAUGUGACGGGGAAGAUGAAGAAGGAGAAAGGAGGGAAAGCUAAAGGAGAGAGUUCAGAGCCGACCCGAGAGAACAAGAAGAUCCGAGAGGACGAAUGUCUCACAGCUCAAACUCCCACAGAGCAGAAGGAUGACUGGGACAAGAGGAACGAGAGGAGCAACUCUCACACUGAGGACCAACCUGUGUUUACAGGUUACAUGAUGGACGGUAGGCUGUUGCAGGUAAAAGGCGAGAGUCAGUGUGUUUAUCCAUCAGAUGGAGGACAGAUCAGUGUUGAGAGAGUUCACUAUGUACAAGGUUCCACUCAGCUGAAAGUAGUUGUGAGAAAAAAUGGCCACUGUUUCUACACACACAUCACAGAACCAGAGAGACAGAACCCUCAUGAUCAGCGGCACAGAAAUGGCUGUUUUUACGCUGUACUGAGUAACGGACUUACACUGGCCUACAGUCACACACAUCAGGACUGUGAUGAUGUUUCUCCUCUUCAGCUCCAUGUUUCUCUUCCCACUGGCCUUCAGAUUUACUUCAGCUUCCAACACACUGCAUCUGAUCAGGGUGUGUUGGUCCAUCAGUCACUCCCCUCCGCAGGAUCCAAAUUCCCUGCCACACACACUGAGUCAUCACGUACCAUCACCUGUGACGGAGCUGUGAUUAAACACAUGAGGAAUGGAUCUACUGAGGUGCUGUUUGCUGAUGGUUCAGUGAGUGUGAGUCCUGACUCAGGGCCGGUGUGUGUGACUGUCUCCUCCGAGGACACACCGAGCAGAGACACUAACGUUAAACCCAGCUCAGGUGCUGGAGCAGAGGGGGUGGAGCCAACAUCAAAGGUAGAGCGUAAAGAGCAGGUCGAGUUAGCAGGUGGUUUGUGGUGCACCACAACUCCAUCAGGAGUGAGGAUCAGGACCAUCAGAGGUGAACGGGUGGAGGAGAAACCUGUCCAGACCUUCUACUGCACUGACCCACAAACACACACUGUGGUGAUAACGAGGGAUGAUGGUGUGUUGUGUGUGUUGGAGAAACACAGAGUUGUUGUGGAUCACGCUGAUGGAACCAGAAUGAUCUCCUACCAGCAGAGGGAGACACUGAACCAGCAGCUCUCAGGCAGCAGUGAUAGAGGGAGAGUGAGCACGGUGAAGGUGGAGAAGAACGGGUUCGCUACAGUCAUGAUGAAGUGUGAGGAGAAAAGCAGCGAGGUUCUCUUCAGAGACGGAACCACCAUCAGUGCUACUGCCCAUGGAUCUUACAGGGUGUGUCUGUCUGAUGAAAGCUGUCUAUCUCUCUCUGAGGAUGGUGUCGCUGUGUACAACAGUACAGGACCUGAAGGAGAACAAUGUGGACGUUACAUCAUGAGACACUCUGAGGGUUUAUUGUGUGAGCACACUGACUCAGAGGGAAACCACUACCAGGUCACAGCAGAGGGUGGAGUCUCCAUCUCCCACACACACAAUGACAUGGAGAGUGAGACACAACACAACACUGGUCCUGAUACACACAUACCACGGUUGUUUAUAGUGUACGCUGAUGGAUCUGCUCUGGAGUUCCUCUCAUCUCAGACUGUAGAUACGAUUCUGCAGAAGGAGUACAAAGAUCCCUCAGUCGCUGUGAUGAGAGAACCAAUACCUCACACACCCGAGGCGUUUGCAAUCACAAUCCUGAAACCCUUCUCUGACCUGAGCUCCUAUUGGCUCUCACCCAAACACCUGGAUGACAUCAUCCCUGCUAACCUCAAAUCCAGGAAGUGGGACACGUUUCCCGCCUCUGAGGUGAAGACCCCCGGUUCUCCGUUCGGAGUGUCUCUGGGUCGAGGCUUAGAGCUAAAGGAGAGAACCACAAUGAGCUCUGAUCCAACUUCUCCAGUUCUACAGAACCCCGACACACUGCUGAUCCGCCGCAUCACUGAACACACAUCAUUCACACAACAACACUACGAACACCUGCAGAACAAACUGCUGUUCUACAUAAAUCAGCUCCUGCAGAGAGAGAAGCUAAAUGAUGAGAUGAAGCUGAAGGAUCCUCAAACAGCAGAGCAGGAACUUCAUCAGUCUGAUCUUCUGCAGUGUCAGUCAGACUCAACACCAGACUCAACACCAGACUCAACACCAGACUCAACACCUCAGUCCAUGCUGUCUCGGUACUCUCAGGCUGUAUGUGUGUCUCAGUCUCUCCUGUCUAAUCAACACAGUGAUCAACAAGUACAACAAGAAACAUACUGUAAACAGAAGCGUAUAUCUGGGUGGGAGAACAGAAUCCACCAACACAGGUUGGAUGUAAAGGAGGAGGCGAGACAUCGUCACGCUCUGAGAAAUCACAUCAUCACCACGUAUUUCCACCCUGAGCUUCAGGAGAUGAGUCUCUGUGUCCAGCAGCCGAGCCACACCGCAGUCUUCCAUCACAACCUGUAGAUCAUGGGCGUGGAGCUCGUCGUCUACUCUACAUUGUUUUUAUAAAAAGUUCACUAUAUUUUCUUUAUUACACGUCUCUAAUGUUUAAAUGCACCGUUAUAUCCUGAGCAGAGAACAGACGAGUGUGAAGACGUCACACAGUUCAUGUCGAUUCAUUCACAGGAGCUGAAGUCGGCGCCGUGUUACAGUUUUUACCCACAGAUCAUCAUCACAGACGAUUAAAACAAGCAGAUGUUUUUAACACAAUCAGGUCACUUUAUUAAGUUAAAGAAGACAUGCGUGUGGCCAUGUUUUCUCAGGUCACAUGAUGAAGGUCACAUGAUGAAAUUCUGUGCUCUGAUUGGUUAAUCCCAAUAACCAGCCCAGUAGCCGGUUUCCUUUCCCUCAUGAUUGUAUUAAAACAUGAACAUCAUUUAGGUGUUUGUUUAGUUUUACACUCUGUGUGUAAGCCAUAAAAUACUGUAGGUGUUUGUUUAGUUUUACACUCUGUGUGUAAGCCAUAAAAUACUGUAGGUGUUUGUUUAGUUUUACACUCUGUGUGUAAGCCAUAAAAUACUGUAGGUGUUUGUUUAGUUUUACACUCUGUGUGUAAGCCAUAAAAUACUGUAGGUGUUUAUAUACGAAUAAAAAUCUUCAGUGUUUAGAAA